GGGUGAUAAGAGCACGUGCACCCACGGUGAAAAUGGGUGCGGUGGGGACAGAACAGGCAGAGCCAAGCCGAACAUUUCGGGUCCGGAUAACGGAAGUGCCAACAAAAUCGGAAAAGGGCAAACGAAAUUUCAGGACAGCGAGGAAUAAAGAGAAAGAGGGAAAGUUCCAUACCGCUUAGCUUAGAAAUUUCACGACAGCUUUUGGUCUCUUGCUAUUGACUCCAAUCUCCAAUUGUCCAAUACUAAAAAGAAAACAUUACUCUCACACACUCACAGUCACAGGUCUUGACGAAGACACUGCCAAAUAAUAUUAUAUAUAUUUAUAUGGUAGAGGACUUAAGGAGAAGAAAAAAGGUUGAUAUAUUAAAGAAGACAGGCUACGGAGCUAGCUAUGAGUAGCGAGAAGGUUCCUUCAUCGGCUAUGACUUCUACUACACCGCAUGUGGAAUUUGCUAAAGGCGUCAAUGGCCUCGAUAAGAUCAUCCUACGCGAGUCUCGUGGCAGUUCCGCCGAGGUAUAUUUGUAUGGAGCUCAUGUGACGUCAUGGAAGAAUGACCAUGGGGAGGAAUUGCUUUUUGUUAGUAAUAAGGCUAUUUUUAAGCCUCCUAAAGCAAUUCGUGGUGGAAUCCCAAUUUGCUUUCCUCAAUUUGCAAAUCAUGGCCCUCUUGAGUCGCACGGGUUUGCUAGAAACAGGUUUUGGGAUGUGGAUAAUGAUCCACCCCCCUUUCCCACACCAACCCACAGCAAAGCUUAUGUUGAUUUGAUCCUCAGGCCUUCUGAAGAUGAUGUCAAGGUUUGGCCACACAGUUAUGAGUUUCGGCUGCGGGUGGCUUUGGGACCAGGAGGAGAUCUCAUGCUGACAUCUCGUGUUAGGAACACCAACUCUGAUGGGAAGCCAUUCUCAUUCUCAUUUGCGUAUCAUACUUAUUUCUCAGUUUCCGAUAUUAGUGAAGUUCGGGUUGAAGGAUUAGAGACCCUAGAUUAUUUUGACAACUUGAAGAGUAGGGAACGCUUUACUGAACAAGGUGAUGCAAUAACAUUUGAAUCAGAAGUGGACAAGAUUUAUCUAAGCACUCCUACAAAGAUUGCAAUUCUUGAUCAUGAGAAAAAGAGAACUUUUGUUGUACGCAAAGAUGGACUUCCAGAUGCUGUUGUCUGGAAUCCUUGGGAUAAGAAGGCAAAAGCUAUGGCUGAUUUUGGCGAUGAUGAAUACAAGCACAUGCUGUGUGUUGAGGCUGCUGCUAUUGAGAAACAUAUCACAUUGAAACCUGGUGAGGAGUGGAAAGGAAGACUAGAGCUGUCAGCUGUUCCUUCCAGUUACUGUAGUGGGCAGCUCGACCCUCAAAAAGUUCUCCAGAGCAGUUAGAGUUCAAUCCAGAUUAUAUUGUACAGGUACUCUCUUGCAACGUGUAAUGGAUUGGGACAUGACUCAUGAGUUGAAGUUCUGGCCACUUGAUUAUUGUUAUUAUUACUAUUUUCCUUUCUAUCUCAAAAAAUUACUCAUCAUUGUUGUAGAGAUGAGUUCAUGAACAGAUGACAUGUUUAAAUAAUGAUUUAGCGUCUUAAAUUGACUCGGAUUUGCAGACAUAAGAUGCGAUAGCCAACACUGCCACUAUAGUGGAAGGAGAUAACAUUUUCCUUUUUGUUCAAUGGAAUCUCUCGUGCAUUUGGAAUAAAAAGUUACAUAUUAUAUGAAA